CCAAUGUAUCAUCACAGUUCUUGUCAACAUAUCCAUUCCUGAAUGCGUGUCUUCGUGACUGCCCAUCGACAUGGAGGUUUUGACACAACAGACCGAAAUAUCAUUUAACGUGAUUUCUGCAGGGUCGACAUCUCAAUCCCUUCUGAGAAAUCUACUACAUCCUUGAACUAUUAAGUGUCUUCUGGCUUCUAGUGGAUGUUGAAGGCGAUUAGAAGUGUCGAUGUUCUGGUAAGCAGUGUAUCCUCUCCUCCUGUACCUUAGCUCGAUCCUUGACUUUCUCACAACAUCUGGCCUUUAAGAUGAAUAACUUAAUUCUCCAAGUUACUGCGUUUUGGGAUUAGGUAGCAAUAAGCAAGGAGAUCAAGUCAGCUUACCAGUAAGGAUUUAGACGUGUAUAUCUAUCCCCUUAGUCGCAAUUCGUAUAGCCCUUUCGGCACAAAAGCCAACACGGGUACUGAACUGAGUAUGAAACCGCUGGCUGAGUUUGGACCAUAUUCUUUAGUCAACUCACGAUCUCUUCAGGUCGAGUUGGUACGGUUGCAGCGCCAGUAAAUUGCCAAGAAAAUGCUCGCUACGCCUAUCAGUAAUCCAAACAAACACUUCUCGGCCAGAGGUGAGCCGGAUUCAGAUUCGAGAACGCCCCCAUCUGACUCAUACUCUGUACCGAUUGAAACAAGCUUUCUGAUCCAGUUUAUGUACUUUGAUUAUCCAAUGAUGCGUAUGCCUCUGCCGUCAGCUCGGACAUAAACCUGGCGAUAACGCCGUACCCCACUAGCUCGGGACAUCUAUUCAUUUACGAUCUGGAAGGCUUAUUGAAAUUCUAUUCACCUAGCAGUUAAACUCCUCUGCUUCCUAGUCUCGCAUCACCUUUGCUAAAAUGGAAUAAGUACUUGGACUAACUUCUUCUCGAUUCUGAGAUCUUACAUCAAUAUCAACUCAACACCACAACAAGAAAACCAUCCCUGCUCACAGACAAACAUCUCCAUAUUAAAAAUGGCAGAGUCUCCAAAAACUACCGUUCCCAUCGUCUUCGGUGCAAUGACUUUCGGCACCAAAGGCGUCGAAGCGACCCGCAUCCACACACUCGAGGAAUGUGCAGGCGUUCUAGAGGUCUUCCAAAAACAUGGCCACUCAGAAAUCGACACAGCACUCAUCUACGGCGAAGGCAGCUCCGAGCAAUAUCUCGGCCAACUGAAAUGGCAAGAGCGCGGCCUCGUCUUGGAAACCAAAUUCUCGCCCAACCUCAAAGCUUCCCGUCUCGACCUCGCACCAGACGUUAAAGUCACGCAUGGACCGGAACACUUACGUAUCGCGCUGAAGAAAUCCCUUGAGGCAUUGAAGACUGAUAAGAUUGAUAUGUGGUACCUCCACGCUCCUGAGAGAAGCACGCCGUUUGAGACCACGCUCCGUGAGAUCAAUAACCUGUACAAUGAAGGCUAUUUCAACCGUUACGGCAUCAGUAACUACGCAUCGUGGGAAGUCGCUCAGAUGUGUGAGUUGUGUGAGCGAAAUGGAUGGGUCAAGCCUGCCGUCUAUCAGGGCCUGUACAAUGCAUUCCACCGCGCCAUUGAGCCGGAAUUGAUCCCGUGUCUGAGGUAUUACGGUAUUGCGCUGUACGCUUUCAAUCCGCUGGCGGGAGGAUAUCUGACGUCGAGAUAUACGCGAAAUAUGUUGGAUGAGGACACAGGGAUUGAGGAGGGCUCGAGGUUUGACCCGAAGAGAAAACAGGCGAAGAAUUAUAGGUUGAGGUACUUCAACAAGGAGUACUUUGAUGCUUUGGAUAUUUUGAGAUCGGUUGCGAAGAAGCACGAUCUUCCAGAAGCUGAAUGUGCCCUGAGAUGGAUCUCACAUCACUCCCUUCUCGACAGAAAGUAUGGCGACACCAUCAUUAUUGGUGCUAGUAGCGCUGCGCAGCUCGAGGAGAACUUGACGAAUUUGGAGAAGGGACCCCUUCCUGAGGAUAUUGUGGAGGCACUUGAGGAAGGUUGGAAGACGGUAAAAGGGGUUUGCGUAACCUACUGGCACUAGGAGAUCGCUGGCAUUGAGGAGCCCCCGAAUGUCGGUUGGUAUGGCAUGGGUGGGAAUAUGUUCUUGGGGACAAGAAAGGAGAAGAUGCUUGUAAAUUAUGUCUCCAAAGCAUGAUCUAUCCAAGAAAUCAAUGAACCUGCCUGCGAUGAAUGUUGAAAACGAAGUUUACCAUGUCCUCGCUCUCGUAUGCUGGGACGAUUGCUGAGGUGUGUUCUGCUCCUGACCCGUUGAAGUGAAAGUUGGCGAGACUCGCGCAGCAUUAUUGCUCAUUGUGGCGCCACUGGCAUCACAACCAUGAUGCUCCAUGAAUUGGUG